AUGCAUGCCCAGCGUAGGAGGCUUUUCGCCAAGCCCUUCUCCAAGUCGGAUCUUCGACGGACUUGGGAGCCUAUUGUAAGGGCUAAGGUUCAGUUGGCGGUCUCUCAGAUUGUAAACGAACUCCAAGACAACGGCGUGUCCGACAUCCUGAAAUGGGCUACUCUCAUGGCAACAGAUGUCAGCACGCAUUUGAUGUUUGGAGAGUCUUUCGAAAUGCUGCGCGUGGGAGAGAAAAAUGAGUACAUUCAGACCCUGGAGUCUGCUAUGAUGGGGAGCGGACUCAGUGUGGAACUCCCCUUGCUCAGAACAAUUGGCCGAUUUGUCCCAUCCGAGUCAUUUCGGAGGCUAUUCAGGGCGGGGGAUUACCUCUUCGAAUAUGGAAAAUUAGCAGUUACCAACGGCCGCCAAAAGGGUGAUUCCACCCGCAAUAUCUUUUCGGGUAUAAUCAGUGAGAGUGAAAAGAACGAGGCAACGUUGACUGAUGAAGAUGUGGCCAUGGAAGCCGGGAACUUGAUCAUGGCCGGAUCUGAUACCACGGCAGUCACGCUAACGUACCUAAUAUGGGCAGUUCUAUCGCAACCAGCACUACGCUCACAGCUUGAAAGUGAGUUAGCUAACUUGAGUGACGACUACCUGGAUACAGACCUCGAGACACUUUCGUUACUCAAUGCGACCAUUAUGGAAACUCUGAGGUUAUAUGGCGCCGCCCCCGGAUCUCUUCCUCGAUCUGUCCCACAGGGAGGUGUCACUUUUUCCCAGUAUUAUCUACCACACGGGACGACUGUGACCACGCAGAGCUACACAAUGCACCGUGACCCAAAUAUCUUUUCCAACCCAGAGAAAUUUGACCCUACACGCUGGCUGCAAACGGAUCACGAGGUCUCUGAUGAAGUCAAAAUUGCUUUCUCGCCUUUUGGUACUGGUUCUCGUGGCUGUCUUGGUAUACACCUCUCGUGGAUGGAGCUGCGGCUUGCAGCGGCUGAAUUUUUCCGCCGGUGUGGUAACGUUCGGCUGGCACCAAGUGUGAACAAAGACGGCAUGAAGCCAGUUCACUACUUUCUUAUUGCACCUUCUGCCCAUAAAUGUGAAGUGGUCAUGGAUGUAUAG